CGGUGUGCACUGCAGUUAGAGGAGUAAGACGCGCGUGUACUCCGCGACGGUACCCUCGCUAUAAACGUAACGCGUUUUCCGACCCUAAACGUUACGACGUGAUCGGCUCUCGUCCGUGCCAACCCCAACCGACUCGCUCGCUUCUUCGUCUCUCUCCCUGCAACACGUUUCCUCAUUUAUUCUCGCUCGUUCAUAAUAAUAACAACAACAACAACAACAACUUCGAAUAAACGUUGAAGAUCAAUGAAACCAGGGAUAUAAGUGGCUCGUCGUUAGUUAGCAAGUACGCUCGUUGGUGCUCGUGUUGUUUCGUUUCGUCUGCUUCGUUAAAAGCCGCCUACGCCCGGGAGUUUGUAACUCGUCGAGUUAACGUGAUCAGUGACGAAAUAACUGCGACUGUGUGUUUGUUUUCAUUUAUUUGCCCUCCAGCCAAGUGGAUUACUGGAAGUGUCGUCGCCGCGCAGGGUCAUCGCCGAUGAGGUCUAAAGUUGCCUGGUGACCGGUGCCACUGGCUGAAUACUUGCUUCGGGGGGAUUGAACCAAGGCUGAUCCCGCUGGGAGACUCUGCUGCAGCAUUUCGUUGCGUCACUUCGAGCCAGGGUAGUUUUUUUUUUGGUAUCGUCGAAUAGCGACCUCCGCGGAGGUAAUCGCCGCUCGGGUUUCUUCCAGGAAGAAGGAUUAGCCGCGAUAAACGGUCGGGUUCGAGCCGAGGUCGAAAAAUAUUCGAGGCUUACAAUGCCGACGGGUGAACGCGCGACCAGGUCCACUUAUCCGACCGGUACCAGCUCCGUAGCGAGCUGACCAACGGGGUCCGGACUCUUGACAGCCUUCUGAAAACAGGCCUCGUUCGUUGUCCCUGGGCUGAACGGAAGCGGGCUCGGUGGUAACUCCUUCUGCGAUUCCCCCCCGCCCACCUGGGCCGAAAUCGGGUGCAGUGAUCCCGCGAGUGUCGACGCUCAAAAGUGUUAGUGGACGCGUGUGUUUUAAGGUGCUUUAGUCGAGGGAGCUUCAGGCAAGAAGGUUUCGGGAGCGGGCUCCGACGGGUAGAUGUUGAGCCGCGGUCGGCUCGUCCGCGUUGUCCCAGUGAUCCGGGAGUCCCUCUGACGAGGAGGAUCCUCUCGAGUCGGCCGAAUCGAUCGCCCUUCCGAAGGUUCCAGCCAGAUGAUAACCCCCAGGCAGACGAUCCGUUGAAGCGUCAACCCCCGGAGCAUCCCCUGGAGCAGGUCGUCGGGAAGGGCGCCAGGACCUGGCCAUCCGCACUCGGCUUGAUCCCUCAUCCAAAGGACCUCGAGAGCCCUCCAGCUAGUGCACCGAGCAGCCUCCUCGUAAGGAAUCAGCCGCAAGAUUAGGGCUCCGUGCGGUCUCCGCACGGCGGCGACGUCGGCAAGGGCCGGGGGCUGCGGCGUCGACGUCGCGACUAAGUUGGAGCGUGCAGGCAGCACGACGACGCUCAACUUCACGGACCUGGGGAGCCCAUUCGGGGCGGGCGACCCCUGUCCGUCGAGCACCCCGACGCCGAACAGCAUGUCCGGCGGUGGCGGACCGUCAACCGGCGGCGGCAACUCCGCCGGCGGCGGCAACGGCGCCGGGAACAAUGCCGGAGGCAACAACACCGGCGGCACUUCUGACAUGGACCAACAUCUGCAUCACGCCGGCUUAGGAUCCGUCACCCCCGGACCUCAGGGCGGCGACAGCGCCUCCAGCACCCCCGUAUCACAGUCCGGCAAAUCCGCCUUCAUCGAACUCCAACACAACAAUCUCUACAACCCCUCGAGCCUACGCGGCGGCUAUCCUGGCGGACACAACGUCCCCGGUGCCGGCCACCAGUUCCCGCACCAGGUCGGCCCCCUCGGCCAUCAAACCUCCGGACCUGGCAGCGGCAAUCAACAGCACAACGACGCCGGCUUCCCCAGCCCCAGGUCCGCCCUCACCGGCUACCCUUUUGCCCCAAUGCAUCAACACAACACUUAUGGAUAUCAUCUGUCAACUUACGCACCUCAGUGCCCCUCGCCACCCAAGGACGGUGAAUACCCAAACUACCUCUCGCCGUUGGGCGACAAGGGCGGAAGUCUCGUUGACGAGCUCGGCGGCGGUGGAGGCGGUUCCUUGAGAAAUGGCAAAGGGAAGAAGAUGAGAAAGCCAAGAACGAUCUACAGCAGUCUACAACUACAACAGUUGAACAGGCGAUUCCAGAGGACGCAGUACCUCGCGUUACCGGAGAGGGCUGAGCUCGCGGCGAGUCUGGGCCUCACGCAAACACAGGUGAAAAUCUGGUUCCAGAACAGGAGAAGCAAGUACAAGAAGAUGAUGAAAGCAGCGCAGCAAGGAAGCGGAGGGGGUGGUGGGCAACUCGGUAGUUUACUGCCCGGUGGUACAGCAUUGCCUGGUGGACCAUCGCCACAGCCUGGACAACCCGGUGGCCUAAUGCAAGGAGGCGGCGGAAGUUCCGUUUCGGGAAGUCCAACGACCGGCUACCUGGGAGGAAUGGGAGGGGGCGGGGGCGGACACACGCCCGGGAGUUCGAGUCCCGGAAGUGAAAUGUCGCCGCAGCACAACGAGAGCCCGCCCGCGCCAUCUUGGCCCGGCGAGAUGAAACACCAUCCACAUCCACACGCACCACCCCACACCCACCAUCACCCCCAUACGCCCGGUCACCAUCCACCCCCACCCCCACCCCCGCCACACCACGCGGGAUACAUGCCGCAAUAUUCGUGGUACCAGGCCGAUCCUAAUCCAGGAUUACUCACGGUUUGGCCGGCGGUCUAACAAGAAGAGCCGGCGAGCUGGACCCGCGAUUGGGGCGAACGCAAUCAUCGUCGAGGUUUCUCUGAGGGCCUGUGCUGAGAGAGAAGGGGCGAGGGAGGUUGGCGAGAAGCGGGAAGGAAGAAGCAGCUCUCGAGGGGAGUUCACGAGAGGGUGCGGGCUCCGUGCGCCCUCUUCGGUGUGAAAAAUCCCACAAAACCUAGCCACACGAGUACCCGGCGGAUAGUGGCGUUUCGAACAUUCCGCCAUUUUCUUUUCUUACCGGAGAAACAGAAGUUUCGGAUUUCGAGAUAAAAAAAAACAAACAAACAAACAAGCAAACGAACGGGAUCCGAGGACGAGGGAGGGCAAACGAUCGGGCAUGGAACAUCCGAGUGUGCGGUCUCGAGAGAAAAGGAACGUUUCUCGUACGUUGCGAUCGCGACCUACUUCGCGUUCCAAUCCUUCUCUCUCUUUCUCCCCCUCUUGCGGUCUCUCUCGAGCGCGUCUCCCAUCCAAAAGCGCGCGUGCUAUUGCGCAGAAGUCACGCGACGCUCGCCCAAGCCCCACUUCACCCCGCGUGCGGGGGGGGGACCCCCCCCCGGCCGGGUGGGGGACUCCCCCCGCGCUCUUUCCCCACUGCCGCCUCGCGCCCUCUGCCGCCAGCCUAGAAAACGCCUCGGAUCCGUGGCCCGACAGCAAAACAACAACGCUGACGACACAGCCACGAGCACGACGACUAUUUUAUCUCCGUGGUUUUGAAUUCAUGAAAUUCCCUCAUCUCCCCAGCCCCCACGACUCUUCUCGGGCUUGCGAGUCGGGAUAUUUUAAUCAGCUUUUUAUACACCGUGCAAUUCCACUGAUUUUAAUAAUCCUCGAGUUCCUUGCCACCAGUUUUACGAAACGAGCGUCGAACGAGAGCUCGAAUGAGAGAUUUUAGUGACGGAAAACGAGGCGACACGCUUCCCAGCCGAGCUCAAACGUAAGUUGACGAAACGUUUUUUCAAAAAUUCACCAUUUUUCUUUCUCCAAAGAAGUCGGGGAGAAAAUACUAUUUAUUUGAGAGCGAAAAGCGAGAAAGUCUCGCGCGGGGCGAUGGGUUGGGGGGGGGGUGAUUGUGACGAGCACUUGGCCCCUCCUCUUUCUCGUUGUUCUACGACUUUUUCCCACGAGCAAGUUACGGGGAGGCUCAAUUCGAGAAAGCCGAGUGUUGGAAAAGCAAACGGAAAGUUCGUGUGGGAGGAAAAUAACAGAGCUUGGGGAGCUCCGGAGGGGCGGUCCGCCGGGGACGAGGGGAAGGAGAGAGACAAAGGCGCCUCCCGAGGGGAUGUUUCAGUAGAAUUUUAUUUCUAGCGUUGCUAGUCCUGGGGCUAAGAGGGCAAUCGAGUGCUGGAAGCGAUCGGGAAAAUUAAUUAAAUUAAUUGGGCCGCGCGGGAGCGACAACCUUUUGUUUCCCCCUCCCCCCCCCCCCCCCCCCAAACUUUCCUCGAUCCCCGGCAACCUCCAAAACUUUGUGUAAAUAAUUUUAACGAAAAUUCAAAUGCGUCCCGGGACCGUACACUAAAUUUCAACACACCACACACACACACACACAUACAAAAUUUAGAUUUUAAGCGUAAGUGGAUCUGUGUAAAAUAUAACUUCGUGAUCUAAGAUUGUAAAGAGACAAACGAUAAAUAAUUAUAAAUCAACGUGUACACGAGCGAAGAGAGAGAGAGAGAGAGAGAGAGAACAAAUUGAGUGCGUGAAAGAUUUCGAAAUCCCGGAUAAAAAGGGGCCGAUCAGCUCGACUUUUACGUCCAUUUUUAAUUUCAUUAUUUUAUUCAUUUAAUAAAUACACAAUUUUAUAUCCAAAUUUCAACGAAUCGAACGCCCUUAAAAUCGUCGAAACGAUCAUCCCUUUUUUCUCCAUUUCGAACUAGUGAAACGUGAGGAUACAAAACACACAAAACAAUGUCGAGCGAAAAAAAGGCAAACAAAAUGUCGUCUAUUAUGGUAUUAAUUAGCGAAUCCCCCCUCCAAGAUCCCCCCCCCCUUGCGACUAUUUUCCUCUCAUCCUUCUCCCUUUUCCCAUCCACCGAGCUGUCCUCGUCCUUGUAAGAAUAUAGAUACUAUCGAAGAGAAAAAAAAAACAAAUAAAAUACCUUAACUAUGAUUACUAUUGUAUAAAAUCUGAAUAAUAACUAAUUAAUUCAAUUUAAAGAUGAAAAGAAAA